UCCCAGGGGAGCGAGAGACAGUCCGGGAGGUAGACUUUUGGGACGGUGUCAUGACUGUACACGGCGUCUCUCCUCGUUAUUAACUUUCAAUGGAGCCCACGAGGAGUUUGGACCACUUUUAUGUCGUACUUUUUGUGGUGUUUCUGCUCCGUGACCGCUGAUGAGUUUGAUCAUUUCCCUCGGUGUUCUCAGGAGGAUCGUAUCUAAUUUCUUACAGUGCAGCGGAGCCACUGAACUCAGGGGAAUGCCUGUGUGUGAUUGUGUGUGUGUGAGAGUGUGUGUCUGUGUGUUUUUUUUUUGUUUUUUUUUUACAACCAGUUGGUUUAAAUGAAGACCGACUGUAGAGAAUAGGUUGAUGGGUCUGUUACAGAAGUCGCUGUGGUUUCGGACUCAGUAUAAUUACCACGUUAUAAGUGAAGUAAGGCAACGGUCCAUUUGCUUUGGUUAAUAAUUAGAUAGAGCGGCGUGUUUUAUUUAACUUCUUCGAGGAUUAUUUUUCGCAACAUUGGUUGUAAAAAUAUUACCCAACUUCUUUUUUGGCACUGCUCUAUCUGUCAACAUGCCUUAUAAGUUUCCGGCGGCAACCUGUAACCCAGCCUUUGAAGUUCAAGUCGUCGCUCGUGCGUUUUUUGUGGAUUUAUCCAGAAAAUGUGGCGCCCGCAGGAUGUGCUUUCUUCUGACGCUUGUUUGUUUGCUCGCAAAAUGUGAUUGUAAGCUCCAGUGACUGGUGCACACUGUGAUAUUAAUAGUAGUUUGGAUACGGAUGAAGAUUGAUACACUGUUGUCAGGACGUGCCCGUGUGGGAGAGGAUACAGCAGCUCGACUGUAACGCCGACACGUUACAAAUGAGGACAUUUGUUGUGCACACUAACACAACACAGCGUGUCUUCACGGUGCCAUGCCACACACAUUAAUGACACUGGAUAAAAGUUCAUUUAAGCUCACUGCUGUGUGUCGGGAGAUAUCAGCUCUCUGCAGCGCUUUGUCCCAUGUGGGCACUGAGUGAUACGCGUUUCUGUACAGUUUGAAUAUUAACUCUGGUGCUGAAUGGAAGUUUUGGGACAUUCACGCAUGAGUUAUGAUGGCAGUGCUCCAGCUUUAAAAGUUUAAGCAGUAUAGUCGUCGAGGCUGAAAGAAGAAGUGGGACGUAUAUAUUACACAUAUCAAUAUUUCCUCCGUUUGUCUAUCCGCGGUGCUUGCCUGCUUUGAAGUCCACCAUGUGCGGCCGGGCACCGCCGCUACAGCCGAGGCCAUGACCGUCCCCCAGCGGCGCCUGGCCGGGCUCUGGCCGUGGCUGCUCAUGGCGGCCCUGCAGGUGGUGCUGGGCCAGCCGGGCCUGGAGUCGGAGCGGCCGGCCUUGCGAGCGGUCAUCAAGGUGGCACUGCUGAACCACGAGCCGACGGGGAAGCCCAUCACUCUGGAAGGGGUAUUCGUGGGAGGAAGCGCCGGCUACGCAGAGGGAAAACUAAUGCAGUAUCACCCUCUGUCUCUGUGCAACACGAGUGAGGAUGAACGACAAGAGAGUGACUUCAUCACCAUUGUCAAACUGGAGCACAGGGUACCCCGCUGUCUGCCGCUGCUCGAUAAGGCUCGCAUGGCGUUGGACAAAGGAGCACAGGCUGUUAUCUUUGAUGUCAGUGAUGAUGCCAAUGCUGCUGCUGAGCUGAGAGAAACAGACUCCCUUCCCCGACCGGUCGUGCUGGUGGAGGCGGAGGAUGCUGAGGAGUUGAUGGGUUUGGUCAACAAGAACGAGGAGGCCAAAGUUCGCAUUGAGAUCAUGGUGGAGCAGCCUAAAUGGCCACAUUAUGAUGUGGGUAUCCUGCUCACCAUUGUCUUAGUUAUUCUAACCAUCGUCCUAAUCUUCGCUUUCCGCUACAAGUGCAAGUCCAACAGGACCUGGGACUCUGUCCAUCAGCAGACCAUGCGGGCCAUCAGUCGAUUGGAGACCAAAACCUACAGCUCCCAGGGCUGCUCGGGCUCUCAGCGCCACCGUGCAGCCUGGGGGUCAGCGAGUAGCUCCAACUCGAGCCCCGUCUGUGCUAUCUGCCUGGAGGAUUUCCAGGACGGACAACAUCUGAGGAUCAUCUCCUGUGCUCAUGAGUUCCACAAAGACUGCGUUGACCCCUGGCUACUACAACAUCGCACCUGUCCCCUCUGCAUGCACAACAUCAUGGGGACAGAGCGGCAGCCUCAGAGGAACAGACUCCAGCAGAGUCCGGAGCAAAGCCAGAGUUUCCUGCACCCUCAGCCUUACAGCAGCCCACGCAACCACCCCUUCCCCCAGCAUGCCAUCCCCUUCUCUAUGAGGCCCCAUUAUCCUCGUGGACCCUCAGGACCCUAUCCCUCUCUGGGCCACUACACUGGCUCUUCUCCCAUGGACGCCCAAACUCUACGUUUUCUCACCAGCAGGCCCCUUACGUCCGGUUGUGGAUACCACCUUCCUGCAGAGGGUCCUGGGAGGCCCCACAGGAUUGGUGGUAACUGCAGGACUUCCACGCACCACUACACGCCUCGUAGGUCCUGCCACAACUAUCGCUCGUCCUGUCCGGCCCAGCGCAGUGCAUCCAGCUCAAGACUGCACCACACUGCCUCUGCCACACCACAGAACCGUGGAGCGCCGGCUCAUAGCCGGCAGGACGACGGCAGCUGCUCGGGUGGCAGCUACCACACAGAGCGCAGCGGAUACUUGGCAGACGGGCCAGCGAGCGACUCCAGCUCAGGGCCAUGUCAUGGCUCCUCCAGCGACUCAGUUCUCAACUGUACUGAUGUGUCCUUGCAGGGGGUUUAUGGCAGCUGGUCCACCUUCCGUAGCUCUCUGAGCAGUGACUACGAUCCGUUUGGUUGUUAUGGGCCAGGUCCUGGGCGCGCCCCUCGCAGGAACAGCUUAGAGGCAGGCGCCCAGGCCCGGCCCAGGUCUUUGGAUUCUGUGGUAAAUAAAGCAGGCUGCCCUGAAGAGCAGCCGCAGACUGUGUUCAGCCACAUCCACUACCACCGCCACAGACACCACCACUAUGAGGAGGGGGAGCACAGCCAGGGCCCGAGCAGAGGCUCAGACGAGGAGCAGGGAGCCGCUGCUGCUGCUGCAGCUGCACCUGCUGCUCUCGUCCUGGACAAAGACUCACCUGUCUGCCCUCCUAAGCACACCCCCUGCCAGUGCGCAAAGCCAGACCCCACAGAUCGGCCCAGUCUGGGGGCAGAGUGUCAGGACCACGACCCCAGCAGCCCUACAGGACCUCCUGUCCUGGUAUCCCCAAUCCCUUUACAGCUUCAAUCCCACUGCUGCCACCAGGGACACGCACAUCCUCCCACUACUCUUGGGCGAGUGGGUGGCUGUGUGCUUGAUGGCCCCUCUGUUCGCUUCCAUCAGAGCUUAGAUCUGCAGGAUGACCGAAGCAUCCACAUCCACUACGGUCAGGGCCCAGGCUUCUGCUGCUCUCCUCCUGAGCUGCACCCUGCCUUGCUCCCCGUGCCCCUCAUUCUGGACUCUGGAGGUAUGGAGGACUGGCCUUGCUAUGCCGGGGCCCACGUUGUGUGGCAAAAGCGGGUGCAGCAGGCCCGCUCAGAGCCUCAGCUCUUGGGGCCGGGGACCUCUAUGGACAGGCCACCCUGCAGGUUCCACCACAGCCCUGCUGCUGACCGCAACACAGACAUUUGUUUGUACUGCCAAACAUUACAUCACAAUCAGGGAUCAGAAGAGGAGUCUGGUGUGUGAGAACUUGUUGCAUCCCCAUUAUCACGCUGCUACACAGGAGCCAGAAUGGACAAGCCUCUCAUUGGCUAUCGCUCUCAUGUCUUCCGCAUAAUUCCACCAGCAAUGCCUUUCGUGCAAACGAUUCCCCAGCUUCCCCCACAAGUCACACCUCACACGCUGAUAUGCUCUCUCAGCUGAGUGUGAUUGAAUUUACCCUGAUUAUAUAAAGCUAAACUUUUUAUUGAAUUUAUGAUGGAUGAUUUAAAUGUUUGGGAGUUGCUGGGGAAACGACUCAUACGCCACAAAGGGGGGAAAGUGUUUUUCUGUGUUUUCCUCGUCAGUUAUAGGAAGAAUAUUCAUCACCAACAUGAUAUCACAAGUUCCCAUGCUCCUUAGUGACAACUAACGAAUGAUCCUUGCUUAGGGUGUUGAGCCCUCAUGAAGUAAGACUCCAUCUUUGCGUCGCUCACUCUGUUGCAGAAUAACUUGAUUUAUCUUGGAGGUACUUUACUCUGCGUGAUCUUGGCCUUCCUUCGCUGAGUCCAGUCUCAGCUCAGAGAAGCUUUUCUCUCCAGCCUACCUCAGCUCAGAUUUCUUAACAUGCCUCACACAGGGGGUCUUUAAAGGUACUGCUGUAGUGAUUUUUUGUUUUGUUUUGUUUUGUUGUUUUUUUUGUUUUGUUUUUUUUUUGGUCACAACCAUGUAGCUCCCAUAAACUCAACAACUCAAACGUUUUCCUCUUGGCAGUCUGACCUGUCCAAACGGAGAGAAAGGUUGAUGCUCAGCCCCUCAAACAACGAGCAUUCACUGAGGUUGCUGAGCCUUGCAUGGGCCUUGUUUUCACUAUUUCAAUAAUGGCAGCUGUUUUCAACAUGUUUGUAUUUUGGAUCAUUUUCUUUUUUUUCUUUUUUUUUUGUAGUCUGUAAUUUUUUUUUUUUUUUACUUUUCAAAAUGAACCAGUUUGACUGAAUUAUGUCGUCGUCAUACAAGCUAUUGACUUGUUCUUGUCAUUUCUCUUGCCAGUGGUUACUUCAUGUGUUUGACCUCAAUGCUGUUAAACCCCCUAAUCAGUGCAUAGUGAACAGCCUCAUCAGAAGGAUGACACCAUAUGCUCUGCUCCUUUUAAAGAAUACCUCACUCCACAGAUGACCAUUUGUAUAUCAAUUACUCACGCUGUAUUACGUUAUAUUCGUGAGGAAAGUGUCGUUUUUCUCGCAUUCCUCCACAGUGAACGAAGAAUCCAAAAACUGAGGAAAUUCUCGAUGAACUGAAGUCAUGGGGUCCACGUUUAAUAACAGCAAAACUAUAUCAAAACAUUUGUGUACAAACUCUCACACAACUCGUGCGGUAUAAUCCAAGUGUCAUUUAUGGAGUCGUACGAUCAGCACUUCCCAAACAGGCAGCCCCUUUCAGAUGGGAAACUGAACUGAAACUAAAACUUAUCUAUGCUCUCUUCAAUCCAGACUCCAUUGAAAAAAAACAGUAAUUUUACCUCGCUGAAAACAUGAGCUGCUGGUCUACUACUGCCUCGAUCAGUCAGUUAGUUUGUGUUAUUGUGUGACUGUGGUGAAUCAAAUCUAACCCCUUAAAACACCAAAGUCACACAAUGACACAAACUAAAUAACUGAUCGAGGCAGUGGAAGACCAGCACCUGCUGUAUUCAGCAAGGUAAAAUCACUGUUGUUAUCAAUGGAGUCUGGCUUUGAAGAGAGCGGAUGUUUUGAAGUUUUGCUGUUGUUACCUUCACAAAUUUGAAUGUAACACCUUGGUGAGUAAUUGAUAUACAACCAGUUAUUUGAGGGGUGAGGUAUUCCUUUUAAAGCUUAGUUCAUCACAAUUUUGUAUUAUCCCCUAAAAAGGAUAUACCUUCCUGUUGGCUUUCAGCGACUAAAGCUCUAGAGGAAUAUUCUACAUUGCAGCCAUAGAAAAGAGAUAGUGACUAUUUAAUUAUAUAACUGGAGUAAAGCCAUGCUAGGUAGACCUUACAGUCCCAAGCAUCAGCUCAGUCUGUUGCCGUAGCACCAGUUCAAUGAAAGCUCGGUGUGCUGUUCCCAUGAUUUCAAACUGUAAUGGGCGGAGCCUGAGAAAUGUCUCAGGAACAAUCAAACACUGGAAAAAUGGGAAGAAUUCAUUUACCUUAGUUACAGUAAUGCUACCUGAGUUGGUAAAUGAUCCUUUGUCGUGGUAAAUGAGCACUGUCAAUCCCUGCUUUAAAGAAAGGAUCCACCGUAAAGGGACAGUUCAACCCAAAAUCAAAAAUACAUAUGUUUCUUCUUACCUGUAGUGCUGUUUAUCAGUUCUAGAUUGUUUGGGUGUGAGUUGCUGAGUGUUGGAGACACCGGCCAAAGAGAUGGCACUCAGCUUGUGGUGCUCAAAGCACCAAAAAAUAAAAAAUAAAACAGCACUGUCUCUUUCCAGAAAUCAUGACCUUGUUACUCAAGAUAAUCCACAGACCUUGUUGUGAGCAGUUUCAUGUAGGAACUACUUUCUUUCUACGGAACAGAUAGCGUGCAUCUCCUCAUGGUCGAGAGGCUCAUGCUGGUGACAGCACCAGAUGUUUAAACACAUUAAAGGGAUCGUCCUCGGUCAUAUUUGCCAAACCUUCUGUUUUACCUGGGAUACUUAUUUUUCAUCACCCUCUCCCACUUUUCUCCUGGGGUCACAAUUCUGGCACUGCCAACAUGUAUAAACCCAAUGACUUUAAAAGUAGACUGUUUCCUACCUGUUGGUGCUUCCCUCUCUUUCUCCCUCCUUUUCCAACCCUAUAGCCCAGCAUGAGUAGGGCACAGCUGCUGGUGAAGACCUCGUCUCUGUGCUGAAAGCGUGCGUAAAACGACAGGACGCUCCAUCUGGAUUUGAGGGGUGCCUUGGGGGUUGGGGGUACCCAGCUGUCUUGUAGAGACUCAGGGGUGUGUGGGCCAUGGAGGAUAGCCGGAUGAGGACCCUUGCAUGGGCCAAGCCUACAGCCUGGCCACCCUCCCUCCCUCCCUCCUCCAGGUACUCUGCUGGAGUACGGGGGUAAUAAUCCAAAAACUAAACAAAAUUUAAUGUAUUCAACAUAAAAAAUUCUGAUGCAGUCUACUUUUUUUAAACUUGUUUUUAUUCUUUAAAAGUCACCAGAACGCAUGAAGCAAAGUUUAUGAAACAAAAAAAUUCCUCUUUCAAAAUCCUCCCUAUUUUUGAGGUCUGUGACAUUAGCUAGCUUGGCGGUGCUAGGUGAGCUAGCAGUAGAUGCAUGCUUUCUUCUGUGCGUCCAUACACCUAGCAGGUGUAGAAAGAAAUUACUUCCUCCACAAAACAUUUCACAACAAGGUCUGUGGAUUAUCUUGAGUAACCAGGUCAGGAAAGAGACAUUGCUGUUGAGUAUUUCAAAUGUAUUUUUCACAAGCUGAGCGCCAUGUAGUUUGAUUAUAUUGGAGAGAAGGCAGACCAAUACCUCCAACACUCGGCAACUCACACCACAACAACCUAGAUUGAUAAAUAGCACUGCAGGUAAGAGGAAAAUAGGUAAGGGGGGGAUCAAAAACAUUUUUUAAUUCAGAUAAAAGUAAAAAAUUAUAACCAACUCCCAAAACUACAAACAACAGAAUCAAGCUUUUUUAUUUCCUCUCCUCCCAAGUAGCCACUCUGGCAGACUGAUGGACAGAAAAUGUCUUUAUAUCCCAGCAAAAUUACUCUGAACUCUUCAAACUGUGUAGAUAAAAGUCAAAGAUGGCUCUCUUAUUUUCAUACUUGUCUAAAUAAUCGGAGCUCGGAGGUACAGGAAUUCUGUUAGAGCGUUGACUUUCCCUUAAAGGCUCAGUGAAAAUGUGAAAGGACAGACUUCAGAUACAGUUUAACAGCAGACAAAGAGCUUGUGGGUAUUGCAAUGUAACCAGUAGCACUUACUAAAGCCUCAUAUGUGCCUUAUUCAUUCAAACUGUUCAUCAUCCUAAAUCAGGAACGUCCCAACACACUAAGCUCUUACCUGUCGAACCAAAGAGGUAAAAUCUUGAACACAGUGGACUUAUAACAUAAGAUGUGUUGUGCCCUUUUUCCUGCUUCAAAUCUUUUCUCAAAUCUCAGAAUGAAAUGUGCUUUCAAUAACAAGAGAGAGAACAGAGAGAAUUGAAGUGGAAAAAAUUUUGGAGUCAAUAUUUUUUGGACAAUCAUGCAGAAAUGUUCAGCCGCAGUCCCUUCCUUUGUGCCAAUACCUCACUUUGAAUGUGUCACCGCGGCGUCCAUCAGCUGAAGUAUCAGGGUUUCCUCGUCUGUUCGUGCCCCAAACAGUCUCAGAGACUGAGGUGGAAAUGACUGAAUUACAAGCAGCACUUUGGCUUGAGCAGAUUUUAUAUUUAAAAAAAAAAAAAAAAAAAUCCAUAGUAUUAAUUGAGAAAAAAAAACAAAAAACCCAAAACCAUCAGCACAUGAAAAAUAGCAUUUAGCGAUGCUGCAGAAUAUCUGAUGUGAUUUCAUCCUGUUCAAGAUCUUUCUCUUUGUGUUGUUUAUGUGUUUGUUUUGUUUUUGCAAGAAUAAUGAGCUGAAACUGCCUUUUCUAUGAGUAAAAAAAAAAAAUCCCUCCAGAACUUCAAGGGAUACGUCAGUAUAUUUUGGAUAUUUUGUGUACAAAAAGAGAACAAAAAACAAAACCAAAAAAAAAAAAAAAAAAAACAGAAAUGAAAUAGUGUUGUAUUUUAUAUAUAAUAGAACAUUUCAAUAUAGUGACAUGUCACUAAUAUAUUUAUUUACUAAUAUAUUUAUCCAUUUUGUCCAGGUUUGAAAGAGUGGUUUCUGUAUAGACUGAAUGUUUCUAUAUGGAAACUGACCAGUGCCAUCACAGAUGUAUCAACCUGCCUUCAUUCCAAUUAUAUGCAAAUAAAUUAUUUUGAAAUAAAACCUGUGGCGAAUACUUUCUUUCUGCAGGAGAGUCCAGUUCAUGUUGUUUUUUUGUGUGAUUUAGGGGGACAAAUGGGGGAAUAAAAUAAAAUAUAGUAAGUAUGUUUACUUUAGGGUGUAAUCACCUGAAAAUAAGAAUCACUGUUUUUUUGUUUUUUGUUACCUUAGAAUGAGCCGUUUAUGUCUACACAAUGAGUGGGUCCUCAUCAAGGACAUCGCCAUGUUCACUGCCGUGUUUCUACAGUAGCCCAGAACAGACAAAGCAAACACUGGCUCUAGAAAGGGCUAUUUGCAUUUUCGCGUCAGCCACCAUAGUUGGCAGCCCCUUCGGGCCGAGAGCAUUGAAAAACCCUUUUGCUGUG